AUGGAUAUUUUCAAACCCUCGAAUUUACGAUCCAUAGCGGGAGAUGAGAAACUGGUCGUGUAUUUUCAAAAUGACUCCUCCUCGGAAACCAUCAAACUGUACUGGAUCAAUUAUGAAGGCAAGGAAAUAGAGGUCGCUACCAUAUUUCCCAAAGAUAUGGUCGGGCAACAGAGCUUUUUGACUCAUUGCUUUUUGAUGAGAAGUUUGGAACAGCCUGAGAAAAUUGUAGGACUCUUUGUAUUGGACUCUUCGUUAGAGAAUGGUUGUGUGUUGAAAUCGGGUCAGGUUCAUAACCCAUCGCUUGUUCCUUCCACUCCGGUGCCUCCUCCUUUGGACAAGAAUUUCGUUAAGGUCUGCUAUGAAUUUUCAAAGAAAGAUGAUUUUCCUGGAUACAGUACUGGAUUGAAAUCAUUGAGUGGAUUCAGUCAAGCUCCAAUUUCGGUAAAGAAUACGACACAACACACCCUGGACGCAUACUGGGUUGAUUUUGAAGGAAAAUUAUUACCGUAUGGCCAAGUGCAACCGAAUGGUACUUUUUCAUCUUUGAGUGGUGUCAAUCAUGCCUUUGUUUUCAAAUCUUCAGAUCGGUCCUAUGAAAAAGUGGUGAUUGUAUCACAAAGUAGGCCACUCGUGGUACUGGAAGAUGACACCAUUUCCAUCUGUGCACAUACCUUAGAAGAACCGACUGAGACAAGCUGUCACCAAAUCAUUGCUGCACAAAUAUCGGAGAGAACAGCACAUAGAAAUAUGGGAUUUUCAUAUCCUGCAAGCAUUUCUCUCGUUCAAGGCCUUGCAUCUCAUCUUCGAAUGGAAGGUAAACGAUUCGUCGAUGAAGAUUUUCCUCCUCAAUCCGACUGGGUGCGAGCCUACGAUUUCUUUCAUGGAGAUGUGGCAAUAGUGAAAAAGGGAUUUUCAGCCACAGCACCAAGACAAGGCAGUGUUGGAAAUUGUUGGCUCAUUCAAUCCUUAUCUGGAGCUGCCAUCCGUCCCAAGGAAAUUCAAAACGUCUUUUGCUUGUGUGAAUCAGUGGAUCCAAGCCUAGGUCUGUAUGCUGUCACGUUCCACUCUGAAGAACCAGGAAAGAAAUAUACCGUUCUUCUCGAUGAUUACUGUCCAAUGCAUAGUGACUUUGUGUAUGCCAAGUCAUACGCAGCGAAAGGAGAGUUAUGGAUACCCCUCAUUGAAAAAGCUUUUGCAAAAAUGGUUGGUGGAUAUAUAGAUCUUGCGCCUUCAAAACAUUCCUUUAAUCCAGCUCAUGUGUUGGUAGCCUUAUUGGGCGGUAAGGCAAAACAUUUCGAAUGGUUUUCUGGAGAAAAUUCAGAGGGUAGAAGGUUAAUGAACGAAAAUAAGUUUUGGCCUCUAAUUGAACGAUUACUGGACAGUGAAAAGAGCGUGCCAGUUUGUACAAGUAAGGCUGUGAAUGGAGGGGAUGGUGCAGUAGACUCGUUGGGAAUUGUGCAUUAUCAUGGAUACAGUAUUCUCGAGUAUAGGAAAUUUUCUCAACACAAUCUGAAUUUGAUAAAAAUACGAAAUACAUGGGCCAACACAGAAUGGGGAGGAAGUUUUGGUGACAAUUCUAAGGAAUGGCAGAAAUAUCCUCAACUCUCAAAAGAAUUGAAUCAUGAAGCGAAAGAUGAUGGAUGUUUUUGGAUGACCUAUGACGAUUUUAUCAAGAAUUAUUGUGUCAUCUGGUGGAAUGAGCAUGAAUAA